AUGGUACAGCCCAAUCCAUAUUUAUUGGGACGGUUUUUGGACCCCAUAUUUGCCCUUGCAGUCGGAGCGGUAAGCUACUACGCUCAUGAAAGGAAAGUUGGCAGAGAACCUGGCCAUUCCUUGAAUGAACUGGUUCGCAAGCGUCUCGAACGACUUCGCAUCGGUCAGCAAAACAUGCAAUAG